CCAACUUUUGGCAGUGAUAUGUAACAUUGGAGACAAAGAGAAUGGUGAAUCGAUCGAUGAAGAAUUAAUUGAUUAAAAAGAUCUCCAGUCGUAAUUGAUGGAAUGAAUGGCUAAAAAUUGAAUCGUGGGAAAUCAUUACGUGAAAGUGGAGUAAAGAGGAGUUUAACCUUUUCAUAAACCGAGUUAUCAGAUUUUUCUGAUCAAGAUGUUGAGGGUUCUACGAAGAAACGUCAAAUGCAUUAGGAUGAGGGAGAGGAGUGUCACCACUUGGUCUCCCCUGGCGAAGGUCUUCAAUGCAGGAAUCACUGAGGAUGUUCGAAUAUCAGAGAAAAAUGUCGGUUUAUUCGGCAUGCCGGAGCUCCAGUCCGCCGAAGGUUUCCACGACCUAAAACGCCAGGCAGUCUCCGACUCGACCCGCUUAAUAAACGAAGCCACCAGCCCCCAUCGAACCCGGAAGAUGGUCCAAAUCUUCGACGACCUAUCCGACUCCCUAUGCAGAGUCGCAGACCUCGCUGAGUUCGUGAGGAUCGCUCACCCAGAGCCCCGAUUUUCCGAGGCAGCUGAAUACGCCUGUGUCGAGGUAAGUGGAAUCGUUGAGAAGCUGAACACCCACAGAGGACUGUACAACGCUCUCCUAAAAGUCGUCGAAUCCGGGGACAUACAGAGUACCACAGAAAUCGACAAGCACGUCUGCAAACUGUUCCUCUUCGACUUCGAGCAAUGCGGAAUCCAUCUACCUGAGAACCUCAGGCGAGAGGUCGUCGCCUUGAACGCUUACAUCCUACAGAUGGGUCAGAAGUUCAUGGCAGGCGCUGUGACCCCACGCGCUGUCCAGGGCAACGUCUUACCUGAGCACAUAAGACAGUACUUCAUGAAGGACGAUGGACAAAUCCUCGUCCACGGGCUCUACACUGACUCUGCGAAUUCUCUGGCUCGUGAGGCAGCAUACAAAAUAUUUUUACACCCUGACAAUCAGCAGGAGUACCUCCUCAAGGAGCUGCUGAACGCCAGACACCGGCUGGCGAUAGUCUGCGGAUUCCCCACGUACGCCCACAGGGCGAUCAAGGGGAGCACAGUGGAGACCCCAGAAGUCGUCUGUGAUUUUCUAGGGAUCAUGAAUGAGGAGUUGAGGGAGCGGGCUCAGAGGGACUUCGAUGUCAUGAGGGAGAUGAAGAGGAAGGAGUCGUCAAACAGUCAGGACGUCAUGCCCUGGGACACGACUUAUUUCAGUUCCAAAGCGAAGAAGGGCUGGUUUAACAUCUGCAGUAGUGAGUUCACGCCGUAUUUUUCCCUGGGGGCUUGCAUGGAUGGGUUGAAUAUCCUGACGCAAUCGCUGUAUGGGAUCAGGCUGGAGUCGCAACCGCUGGAGAAUGGGGAGGCCUGGAGUCCGAAUGUUCACAAGUUGGCGGUGGUGUGCGAGGAUGAAGGGCUCCUAGGGUUUAUCUACUGUGAUUUCUACGAGAGGGAGGGGAAACCCAAUCAGGAUUGCCAUUUUACUAUUCGGGGAGGGAGGAUGCUUCCCGAUGGAACUUAUCAGAAUCCUGUGGUUGUGCUCAUGCUCUCACUACCAUCUCCACGAUGGUCGAAUCCCUGUCUCCUGAGUCCAGCAUCUGUUGAUAAUCUCUUCCACGAAAUGGGACAUGCACUGCACUCGAUGCUGGGUAGGACUCAGUAUCAGCACGUGACUGGAACUCGCUGCAGUGCGGACUUCGCAGAAGUGCCCAGUGUCCUUAUGGAGUACUUCGCCAGUGAUCCUCGGGUCGUCAGAAUGUUCGCUAAACAUUAUCAAACGCAGGAGACAAUGCCUCAGGACAUGCUGGAUAAACUUUGUGCCUCGAAGAACGUCUUCGCUGCAUCGGAUCUGCAGGUGCAGGUGUUUUAUAGCAUGCUGGACCAGGUUUAUCAUUCGAAACCCCUGGAGACAUCCAGCACGGAAAUCUUGACAGGGAUUCAGAGGGAAUAUUAUGGGCUUCCAUAUGUCGACAAUACAGCCUGGCAACUCCGAUUUUCCCACCUCGUCGGCUACGGCGCAAAAUACUACUCCUACCUCAUCUCCAGAGCAGUUGCCUCCUGGAUCUGGCAGACAUAUUUCGAAGAGGAUCCCCUGAGUCGUUCAGCUGGUGAAAAAUACCGAAGGGAGUGUAUGGGCCACGGUGGUGGUAAACCCCCAUCAAAAGUCGUCUCUGAUUUUCUCAAUAAAGAAGCAAGUGCCGAAAACUUUGCCAAAUCCCUAAUCGCCGAGAUCGACGUCAAAGAUAAACUCGUCAAGUCCAUCAAAAACUGAUUAUCAAUUAGUCAUUAGUCAUUUGUAUAAAAUAGCCCAGUGUACAGAAUGAAAUGUUAUCAUCGAUAAUAACUUUGAUA